AUGGCCUCUCUCAAAAUCCUCGUGCCCGUAAAGCGUGUGAUCGACUACGCCGUUCGGCCCAUGGUCAACAAAAGCAAAACAGGCGUCGUGACCGCAAAUAUUAAGCACUCCCUCAAUCCCUUCGACGAGCUGUCCAUCGAAGAAGCCGUGCGACUACGCGAGCGCAACACGAAAGAUGCAUCGAAAUUCCCGCACAAAGUCGAACGCAUUACCGCGCUCGCGGCCGGCCCGGCGAAAGCCCAGGAUCAGCUGCGCACAGCGCUUGCCAUGGGCGCCGACGAUGCAAUUCAUGUGCAGACGGACGUCGGUCAAGAGAGUGGCACAGGUGGUCUAGAGCCGCUGGAUGUGGCAAAGCUCCUCGCAAAGGUCGUUAAAGAUGAGGGCACAAACCUCGUCAUCCUUGGCAAACAAUCCAUUGACGACGACAGCGGGCAGACAGGGCAGAUGCUCGCCGGACUGCUGGGCUGGCCACAGGCUACGCAAGCCAGUAAGAUUGAAUUCCCGAGUGAAGGCGAAGUGCAGAUUACCAAGGAGGUCGAUGGGGGCGUGGAGACGGUCAAGGCGAAGAUUCCACUUGUGAUCACGACGGAUCUACGGCUGAAUGAGCCGCGGUAUGCGAGUCUGCCGAAUAUUAUGAAGGCGAAGAAGAAGCCGUUGAAGAAGGUCAGUUUGGAGGACUUGGGGAUCGAGGCGGGGGGCAGAUUGAAGGUGCUUAAGGUAGAAGAGCCACCGGCGAGGAAGGGGGGCGUCAAGGUCGAGGAUGUAGAUGGGAUGAUUGCGAAGUUGAAGGAGUUGGGUGCAUUAUAG